CUCGGUGAGUAAACCGAAUGGCGGCAACAUGGCACCUGGUGCAUCGAAACAAUCCUCCGGGGAGCAAUCCAGUAAUGGCAAAACCCCGGCAAUGUGGGACGACGAUCGGUUUGCCCAUCUCAUCAACAACCCGCGCUAUCAUGGCAUGCCAAAAGCGAAGAAGACGGUCAAAAUUGAUAGCCGAUUCAAGGCAAUGUUCGAUGAUGAACGGUUUAGCCAGAAAGCUUCGAUGGAUAAGUACGGCCGGAAGAUCAAGAAAUCGGACACGGAUAUGUUACGGAAGUUUUACCAUCUCGAUUCCGAAGAAGAAGACGAGGAAGCGGCGCAACGUGAGCGUGAACGGGAAGAACGUGCCCUGGAAGGACGAACCAGAAGUGUUUCCGAUUCCGAUAGCGACGUUGGGCUUGCGUUGACAGAGGAGGAAAAGAAAACGUCCAUUUCGAGCACCGUGAAAAAUCGGCUCAAGAACGCUGAUGUCGAUUUUGCACGUGGUGAGGGCUUGCUACAGUCCGACAGUUCCUCCGACGAUGGUUCGGAAGACGACGAAGAGGAGGAAGAUGUGUUCAUCGAGCACGUCUGGGGGGAGUUGGACGCAGAAGCCGAAAGGACAGACGAAUCUACGAAACGAUUAGCUGUUUGCCAUAUGGACUGGGAUCGAAUACGUGCGGUCGAUGUCAUGGUUCUACUCAGCUCCUUUUUGCCACCAGGAUCGGCCAUAAAGAGCGUAACGAUCUAUCCAUCGGAGUAUGGAAAGCAACGCAUGAAGGAAGAAGAGGAACGUGGACCACAGGAGCUUACCUCACACACGGUCGAAGACUCCGAGGAGGAAGAAGAAGAUGACGAUGUGCAAAAAGAGCGAUUGCGAGAAUACCAGAUGAACCGGUUGAAGUAUUACUAUGCGGUCGCGGAGUGUGAUUCGGUGGCAACGGCAGACAAAAUUUACAAGGAGUGCGACGGCAUCGAGUACGAGAGUACGGCGAAUAAGCUUGACCUACGGUUCAUUCCGGACGACAUGGAGUUUGACGAGGAGCCGAAAGACCACUGCACCGAGCUGCCGGAGGUGGGCAAGUACGUGCCUCGAAUCUUUGCCACAACGGCACUCCACCAGGCUAAAGUUGAACUGACCUGGGACGAGAACGAUCUGGAUCGCAAAGAGUUCAACGAGAAGCUGCGAGACGGAAAAUGGGCCGAUCUUCCGGAAUCCGAGCUGAAGAAGUACGUCGUGUGUUCGAGCAGCGACGAGGAAGGCGAAGACAGCGUCAGUCGGAAGUCCAAGCGACCGUUAGUGUUACUGCGGCCUCCCACGAGUAGCAACGAAUCGGAGCCAGAAGAGGGAGACGAUAGUGGGUCCGAUGGGGAGUUAAAAGGUCCUCGCAAGGAGGAUAUGAUUGCGAAGUAUAGGGCACUGCUGAACGAUAUCAAGGAGCAGGAGCAGACGCAAGAGAACGAUAACAUCGGAAUGGAGUUCACGUGGAAGGUUAACGGCAAGGACGACGAAGCACCCAAUGGAUCGGUGGAAAGUUCGGACGAUGAGCGAACAGCGACCAAAUCAGAAGAUGUGAAUCCCUUCGAAAAGAUAUUGCUUAAGAAAAAGGAGAAAAACAAACGCCGGAAGGAGUUGAAGAAGCGCCGCAAACGAGGGGAACUGGAAGGACCUGACGGAAAAGCCGAAGAUGACAGCUCCGAGGAUGAUGUACCGUACGGGGUGGACCUGAACGAUCCGUUCUUUGCCAGUGCGUUCAACGAGAAGGAGUUUGAUGUAAGCGGUAAAAAGAAAUCCAAGCAGAAGGACCGCGAGGCGAUCAAAAAAGCCAAGGAGGAAGAGGAACGUGAAGCGGAAGAGAGUGCCCGCCGGCGGGCGGAGCUGGAACUGAUGUUAGACGAUGGGCAGGACAAUCGUGCACACUUCAACCUCCGCGCUAUACAGGAGCGUGAAAUCGAUCUAAGUACCGUGUCCAAAUCGAAGAGACGUCACCUGCUCAAGAAGAGUCGAAAACAGAUCGAGGAGGCGCGCUCCAGCAAAGCGGCAGCGGAUGAUUUCGAGGUCAACGUGGAGGAUUCGCGUUUCAGUGCGAUCUACUCGAAGGCGGACUAUAACAUCGAUCCGACUAAUCCGGCGUUCAAGAAAACGAAGGCGAUGGAUCGUUUGAUCGAGCACAAACUUCGCAAACGGCAACUCGCAGAGAACGAUGCACGAGAGGGUAGUGAAACGAUACCUAGCGAGGGGCAGGACUCAAAGAUGCGACGAAAGGACGUCUCAACGACCUUGCUGGUGAAAAGCAUCAAGAGGAAAAUUAAAAACAACGCCUAGAGCGAGUUUCAAGAACAAGAUCGGUCGGAUGCAUUGUGAUUUGUUAAUAGAAUAGCCGAUUGCAGUGUU